AUGGUGAGCCGGGCCGGGCCGGGCCGUCGGCGUCCGCCCAAAGACGACAAGAAGAAGAAGGACGCGGGCAAGUCCGCCAAGAAGGGACAAGGAGCCCGGUGUAAUAAGUCGGCGGCUAAAGCCAAGAAAGAAGGUGGGAGCCGGCGGGGCCGAGGGCUCGGGCAGCGGGCGGGGCCGCGGGCCUGCCGCGGGCGGCGUGGCCGGGCCUUGAGCAAGUGGUCUAAGGGGAAAGUCAGAGACAAGUUGAACAACCUUGUCCUCUUUGACAAGGCCACUUACGACAAACUGUGCAAAGAAGUGCCCAACUACAAGCUCAUCACACCUGCAGUUGUCUCAGAGAGGCUCAAGAUUCGAGGCUCCUUGGCCCGGGCUGCCCUCCAGGAGCUGCUCAGCAAAGGUUUGAUCAAACUGGUUUCCAAGCACCGCGCCCAAGUGAUCUACACCCGAAACACGAAAGGUGGAGAUGCGCCUGCUGCAGGGGAGGAUGCAUAGGGAGGUUCUCCAGUGACCUUAUCAACAAGGGGUCAUAUGUAGAUGCACGUAAUAAAAUUACUGAUAUAAUUUUUCUUGCUUUUCCAA